CUUGAGAAGCGUAGUGCUAUAUAAAGAAACGUACAACAUUUUAACCCAAAAGCAGGGACAGAAUCGGGCAGACAUCUAAAGGCACGCAUUGAUUGAGAACUACAGUUGUUCCUUUCACACCACUCCAAACUACGAUGGAUUCUAUUUUGUGCGAUAUAUGCAAGGAAAGUGGCGAUACUACCACGGCCGAGUCACGUUGUAUCGAAUGCGCAACGUUCUUAUGCAAGUACUGUGAAAGGGCACACCGAAGAUUCACGCAGACGAAAUCACACCAAGUGUACAAGCUAACUGGAACUUCCAAAAAAGACAGAGAGAGGGCCAGAAAAGAGAGUAAAUUACGCGACGUCAAUUGCGACAAACAUACUGACGAAGAGCUGAAUUUGUUCUGUACUGAUGACCAAACCGUCGUAUGUAACGUUUGUGCAAGAGAAAACCACCCUGGUCACAAUAUCGUGGAUAUCGAAGAAGUAGCAGAUGACGAGAAAACUAAUCUAAGACUUUUGCAAGGACUUGCUAUCCAACGAAAGGCACUGCUCGAUGACAAUCUAGAAGACUCGAAGGUAGCUUUGCAAGAGUAUGAUCGAAAAACCAGAGCGCUUUUAGAUGCCAUUAAUGCCGACUAUGACGCCAAACGUCGUGAGCUGGAACAACAUUUCGAUAUGCUACGUAAUAAUGCAAAGGCUAAAACUGAUGUGGAAGUUGAUAAGAAAAAAGCCAAACAAAGAGUCAUAGAAGGUGACAUUAAUAUUACCGAAGACACUAAACAAGCAGCGACUGAUCUUAUUGCCGACGGCCAUCCUAUUGAAAUUAUGAGAGCUAGCAAAGGAACAACAAAGAAGCUGAAUGAUUGGAAAGAACUGCCUGAAAAAGAUACCGUAGAAAUGCAUACGUUCACCUAUGAACCGGGAACCCUUGACCUAACGAACAUGGGUCAUGUAAAACGGGAACUGAGGAAUUUGUGCGAGCCGAAGAUCGAAAAAAGAACGAAUGUGGGCACAGCCUUUACGGGAGGCUCUAUAGGGCAUGACAACAACAUCGUAGUUUGUACCUCUACUCAUAUUUACACGUACGAUGUCGACAGUUUCGUUAAACAACAUACUAGUACAGCAGAUGGCACAUUCUACGAUGUCUGUCGUAUCCAAUGAAACCGUUAUGCAGCAACGGAUUCUAAAAAUAAAUGCAUCACUAUUUUCGAUAAGAACCUGGCCCGUGUAAAGAGCAUUGGUAAUUUCCAAAUUCCCCACGGUAUAUACGCUGCCCCGAAGGGACAACUACUUGUGACGGACAAAGGAGCCAAAUGUGUAUUUCUUAUUGACAGCGAUACUGGCGCUCAAGUGGCUACCAUUGGGAAAGGAAAGUUCGAUCAUCCAGAAAAUGUCGUCAUUACUAGCAACAACAUUGUUGUAAUUUCCGAUUACACUAAAUCGUUUGUGAAAGGCUUCACAUUGAACGAUGACGAGGUUUUCAGCUUUGGAUCGUACGGUACAGGGAACGGGCAAAUGCGUAAUCCAUGGGGAAUGACGAUCGAUGCAAAUGAUUACGUUCUAGUGGCUGACUAUACCAACAGCAGGACCCUUAUUCUUGAUGACAACGGAAAAUUCGUCAAAUACUUAGCGACCCCUGGGCAACCAAUUCUACAGAUAGCUAGACCAAUGGCAGUUAUUGACAGUAUACGAAUGAAUUGAACUUGCGUUAUUCAUCGGCACAAACAUUUAUAUUCAUACUUUCUUGUUACUAUUGAAAGUUGUUAUAGUGUCAUUUAGAGUUGAGUGUCACUGGUUAACAUUUGGUACAUACAGACACUGUACAUAAAUAUAACAUUUAAGAAAAGUCAAUAUCGGCUUAUAAAACACUGGACUUUAAAGAUCAAUUCAGAUGCAUUUUGCAUAUAUUGAUAAAUAGUAAGAAAUCCAUAUGUAUAAUAAAAUAAUUGACAUGUUAAAAUUUAUGAAAGAUUAUAUGGUAUUAUUGAAUACAAAAUGAAACGGGGCAUUGGCACUUAUUGCAAUGAAUUCGGUACAUAAGGAUAUCUCAAAUUAUUAUAUUGCAGUCAACCGUUCAAGGUCAAAUUGUCUUUUCAUAAACAUUUUGUAUAAAGAGCAGCCCAUUGUUUCUGGGUUGAUUUCGAGUGCAUGCACGAGGCUUAUGAAUAAAAAAUAUAUAACUCAUUGUCAGAAUUUGUUUUUAUAUGUGGUAUUGAGAUGUCAGUUACAGUUUUAUAAAAAUGUGAUCUCAAGAUGGAGCAUUGUUUACAAUGGAUGGCAAAAUGGAUUUCAUCUUCAACAAAAUUACAAUCACAAUUUACAUGUUCGAUCAUCCAAUGCUGUAUUCGAUUUUGUGAGGAAGCCAAAUGUUUGGUUUGAAACACAAUAAAAU